GUUUAUCCAAAAUGGAAGCUUUAGACUUGAAUUCUUAUUUGCACUAUCGUCUGCCGGAAGCUGAUGUAAGCAUCGCACCAACCAUCUUAAUUUGUCCUCCAGGAGGAGACAGAGCUCGGCAGUUUUUGGAACCUAUCAAUUUAGACUUCCCAAACGGUUCCUGGAAGCUUCAAGCCGAUGCCCUAAAAGAAGUUGUUUACCUUCAAAACCUCUGGUGGCCCGGUUAUAAGUUUUACUAUAUGCCAGAAACAGCAGAAUAUAGUGCUAUUUAUAUGGGAUAUGGAGAGAGAAACGAUGAUUUGCCAUUCAUGAUAUAAAGACCUGAAAGCAAAAUAGUUUUAUUUUUUAUUUUUAAUUAUUUGUAUUUUGUCUUUAUAUGCAUUUAUAGUUUGUUUUCGUAUUGAAUAAAUUUCCA